UUGUGACUUUAUGGGUGUUGCAAAGCAAAAAACUCGAGAACUCUGGGGAGCCAAGAGGCCUCAAGGUCCACUAGCUAGUAGGCCUACUACUAGUACUGGUACACGGCCACAGGCCACAGGGAACUGUGAAAGUUGUUGCUCUGCUAAAAUGCCUCACCAGUCACCUCAUGAAGCGUCGUUCAAGCAUCUCAAGCAUCCAAAAGCACCACACACCAAACCAAGCUAGCUAUCUAGUACCAUAGGUAUUAGAACAUUGGCAUCCAAAGCUCGUUUGUGAUUGCUCGCCCUCCAACUUCCAAAACAAUCAAAAAGAGUUGAACAGAACCAACCAUGUCGAAAGCUAAUAUACCCAUUGCAGCCGGACAGUGUCCUACCGGUACAAUCGAAUAUCACAAGAGCCUCGAGGAGGAAAAAUCAGAGAAGAAGGAACCCAAGCAGCAAGGUCUCGGAGUUUCAAAGAAAUCUGUAUUAGUUGCCAAGAAUAGCAGUACUCAAGACCAAACACACGAUGUUGUCCCGGAUGAACCCUCAAUAGUCAGCCAAAUUCAACCGUUGCCGUUGUUGACGUACAAUGCAAACAUCAGUAACAUGAGCAGAUUUCCGGGGGCAUAUUCCGUUGUAGGUAUCGGCGCCACAGCCGAGACUAUGGAUGAAUCUCAAAAUUAUAAUAAUAUUGAGACAGGCAACCCUUGCAUCAGCAAUGAGACUGAGGCAGUAAUUGACGGCGCCGUUGUUGUGGACGAUGAGGAAAUCAAUCAAGAUCGAUUGGAAAAUGGGACACUCCAUGCCCCAGAUGAUGAAGUCAUCGAAGGAAGAGUCAUGCCAAGCAAUCACAGGACCAAAAGUAGACUACCGUUGUUGUGCUUGGCAUUUGUGGCAAUAGCUGGUUUGGGGGUCUUUCUUGCUGUUUACCUACCUUUCACUGCUAAAGGUGAUGCGUCCAAGGCUACAUUUCCAACUUCUGAGUCUAUUAAUGACCAUGCAUCCAUGGUCAUCCAUCCACCCUUUCAAGAUGAUCUGUCUCUUCAAACUCUCAAGGCAUUUCAGAAUACAACGACACCUGAAUACAAAGCCAAUGUCUGGAUGUGGAAUGACCCAAACCUAAACAGCUACACCCCUGAACGACAGCUGCAACGAUACGACUUGGCAUGGUGGUACUACAUCAGCAAUGGUGACAACUGGUACAGAAAUGAUCACUGGCUCAGCUAUGAUGUCAAUGAAUGUGACUGGUUCACUCAGGCUCACAAUGAAACCAUCCUGCACUAUGACAAUUAUCCUGUCUGUGAUGAGAACAACACCCUACUGAUCCUGAACCUCAACUCAAACAAUCUCCAGGGGACACUGCCGGUAGUCAACAGAUUCCUCUCAAGGAUGAAGACAUUUGAUAUUGGAGACAACAAUAAUAUGCACGGAGCAGUCCCAACUGGCCCUGCAGGAAAUAAUGAAGUAUUGGAGGUCUUUAUUGUAUCCAACAACAACUUUGAAGGACAAAUAAUCUCUGGGAAUGGCUUCAAACCAUUUGGGUUGCGAGUGAUCAAGAUUGAUAGCAACACUCUGCAUGGUUACCAUGCACCUCUCUACCAUGUUCUAACAAAGUUGGAAGUCAUCAAUAUAGGGGGGAAUCUGUUUCGUGGUGCACAGACAGAGGCCAUUGGCAACUGCAAGCCCCUCCGUGAAUAUGUCGUAUCAGGCAAUGUGUUCAGUGGAGCAAUCCCCACAAGACUAGGAGAGCUCGCUGCUUUGAACACUAUUGAUGUUCAUGACAAUGCAGACUUGACUGGCCAAAUACCCUCCGAGUUGGGUGAGCUGUCCAGCUUGUCCUUUUUGGAUGUUACUGGCACAAAUAUAUCUGGUCCGGUACCCGAAAAGCUCUGCGACAGAGCGCAACAGGGUUUGAUGGAGAUCCGGGCCAACUGCAGUUUGGUGGACUGUUGUUUCUAACGUGUAGGUACAGCAAACAAAUGCUAGCUAUUUUGUACUGUGCUUGGUUGUCGCCGAGCUCUAGUAGCAAAGUGCAAUGAUAGUUUGUGCGUGACAGCACAGCAUGGAAAGCUUAUGUGAGAGCGACAAACGACGUACGACGUACACUGAGACGAUGCAACUGCACUAACACGCACUGCUACUUUUUGAAGCAGCAAGUCUCUCGCAAGCUAGCCAUCUUAAACACGAGACCAUCAAGCAAGCAACAAUCAAUCAACAUGUAGAAGUUAUUAUUCUUGGGGUAUCUCUCUAACGUCCAACAAUGGAGGCUCUACUGGUUUCUUUUCUUCUAGCCAAGUACCAAGAGCGCUGCCUCUGCAACAACUGUCGAACCAGUCAGCCCAUUGGGCAAGGUCUCUUGCUACCGUAGUUAGGCUCUUGUUUCAUUGAAGUUACCAUCAAUCUCUGCGUGUGCCAUAAUGUCAGCCUCCACCAUAAUGUCAUGAAUGACUUCCUGUUCCACAAGCUUGGUGCCAUCCGUUCCUACCAAGGCCACAAUCUCUGCCACGAUGUGCUUGAGGGAGCGCUUUGCCUCUUUGUAUGCCUUUUCACGUACCCGAAGUUCCUCCAGUAGCUCGGGUUCCUUUCCUUCGAGAAAGGUGACGACUUGCAUUUCAAUCUCUUCUGCCUUUUUUCCGACCCCAUGUCCGACCGCAUGAUGAGCAUAAGAUUCAAAGCCGUGAGCGACCAAUCCAUCGUUGUUUCGUGCUUCUUCGGUGGGUACUUCUUCUGUACUUGUGGUGUUUGACGAGGUGUCGGUGGAAUUACCAUCGAGCUUGUGCUCCUUGUCAUGACCAUGCUUGUGUCCUUUUCCACGACCACUGCCCUCGCCACCAGACGAUUCCUCUUCUUCUUCCUCCUCUAUUUCUUCCUCUUCUACUGCCUCGGCUAUUUCCAUUUCCUCUUCAAUUGCUUCCAUGACCGCUCCAGGGCCUUUCUUUGCAGCUUUUACAAUUGGGGGGGCCUUGGCUUUGAACCUGUGUUUUGGAAACUUGCCAAGGUGACCUCGACGUUCCGCUUCGUCUUCGUCUUCACCUUCAUCGUUCUUGUGUCGAUGACGAUGACGGUGGCGAUGAUGCUCCAGCAUUCGUUGUUGUUGCUCUUCUAGCUCUCGUUCCAAAUCUCCGUUUUCCACAACUGUGGCAUCCAAGCCUUCAUCUUCAAUCAGAAACGACUUUGCAUGGCCUCCCAGUCGAGCCGUGGCACUGGCAGCAAGAAGCACUACAAGAGCCAGGCUUAGCUUCCAGGCCUUCAUCAUCUUGGUCUCACCCUCUGCCUAGUUUUGUUUCUCUACUGUUCUGAUGCCAGAACAACGUUGUUGUUGAAGUGCUGGAUGAACAGAACAGCCGGCCCCUCAAACAAGAAUGUCCCACCAAAGAUUUUGUGGGUGAUAUCCAAUCCAAACCAAAG